AUGGCAGCAAAGAAGUUUCAGUAUCCCAUCGUAGACGUCUGGGCCAACCCUCCUGGAUUGGGUGCAGCCAUUCCAGAAGUUGCCCGGCUUUUUGCAUAUAGCCAUUCGGACCCUGAAAUUGCUAACAAGAAGCGUUCACCCAAGGAUGUGAUUGCGUGGAUGGACGAGGCGGGGAUCUCGCACAUCUGUCUUUCUGCCUGGAGCCGCCCAGGGAAAAUGAUCUUUUCGAAUGCUGAGGUCACCGAGUAUACUCGUGCUCAUCCGGAUCGAAUCUUCGGCCUGGCUGCCGUUGAUCUUCAUGACCCAGUGAACGCGGUCAAAGAGCUGGAGCACUACGUUAAGGUCGAAGGCUUCGUGGGUUUGAGGGUGGUUCCUUGGUUAUGGAACCUUCCUCCCACCGACCCUCAUUAUUGGCCUCUUUUCGUAAAGUGCAUCGAGCUCGACAUUCCUUUCCUGACACAAGUGGGCCACACCGCACCUGCCUGCCCGAGUGAGGUUGGCCGACCGAUUCCAUACAUCGACACAAUCGCACUCAAAUUCCCCGACCUAAAGAUCAUCAUGGGUCACAUCGGAUAUCCUUGGGCGGCGGAGACCGUGGCAGUGGCAUGGAAGCAUAAGAACGUGUAUAUCGACACUAGCGCAUGGUCGCCAAAGUAUUAUGCGCCAGAACUCAUCAAGUUUGCCAACACGACGGGCAGGGAGAAGGUCAUGUUCGGAACGAAUUUCCCGCAGCUUGGAUGGAAGGCAUGCGUCGAUAACGUCGAUGAAUAUCUCGUCAACACUAAAGACGGUUUCAGAGAAAAGGUCGUGAAAGAUUUCAUGGGUGGAAAUGCCCUUCGGGUGAUGAAACUACCUCCUGUCAACUUGGGAAAACUCAAGUCUAACCUUUAA